AUGAGCCGCCAUAUACGGGCCACGGUCCUUAUUCUCCUAUCUGCACUUCUUUGCAAAGCACUAACUACCCUCGCCGUUGUGUCAUGCUAUUCGAUCUUAGAUUCCGGUUUACAAUACAAUCUCCAAAGAGUUGUAAGCUUCGAUGGAAUCCUGGAACUUGUUCCAUGGCUCCUUAGCUCGGUUGCAUUAUCCUUCCUCAUUCUCGACUGGGCAUUCACUGGCUCUAUUACUUCCAAACCCAACCAACGUUCAGCGUCUGCGAAAAGAGAUACCGUCAAAGCGAAGAAUGACUCAGCAAUACCAGAGGUCAUAGCAACCCGUUCGGUUACACCAGGAUACGCACAUACGAUUGCCUCCGAUUUCAGGCAAGACUCAAGUUCUACGAAUACAGAGACCGUGGAUGCGGAGACAGCCAUAGUAAAGCAGGAAAGGAUCGCAGCUCAUUUGAAUGGAAAUGAAAGGGAAUCUAGAAGCCCCAGAAUUCCUAUCUCGCGAUUCGAAGCUACCGCGCGAUGGUUAGACAAUGUACAGAGGCCUGUAGGGUCGCUUGCUCUCUCCUCACCUCUUCCGCGCGCUUUCGUCGCCCCCCAGGUUUAUGGUCCCACUGAACCCACGCUGUCCGUAAAUUUUCUCGACCUCCCGAAUCUAUUGGAAGAAAUCGGCGAGGCAUUCCAGGAAAUUAGCAAGGCAUCCCGAGAAGCUAGCAACAGCCCGACUUCACGUAUCACAUCUUCCACCUCAGCAUUACAUCCACCAAUCCUUUCUGUUAUCUACGGGGCUUCAGCAAUGGACUCGACGGCUUCAUCAAUAAGCCCGAUAUCGCUUGACAAGGUAGUCCCGGAGACACCAAGGUCUGGCCGCUUCCACUGGGAUCGAUUCUCGCCUAUGAAGGAGCCGCUUGACAAUGGCGGCAAAAACAUUACGCCCCGACGGCAACGGUCCGAUCCAGUAAGCUCCGGAGACACCCUUUGCCCGCGAAAGAUCAAAUCCUCACUACCGCAUUCACAAUUCGCGGAGACGACAUUAGUGGAGCAUGAAGGUGCGUGGGGAGAUCCAGGACGCACGAAUGUCAGGCGAGAUAAAGAGGAGGGUCUGUCGACUGUGGAUAGCGUGGAAGACAUGUGA